UGAGAAGCAAAUCAUUCACAAAUUUUGCCAUAUUCGCUAAAACAAAUCGCGUUAUCUAUACUUUUCACGCAUUGCUUUUUAUAUUUUUCAUCCAAAUUCAAACAUACGGAGUCUGCUUGAUCCAACCUUAACGUCUGCACUUCCUUUCAAUUUUAGUUUCCGUCCUUUUCCUCCUCAACACGCAAUACCCAGGUUCGCUCGGAGGGCAGAAAGUGCAUAUCGCCUACGGUCGAGAGGAGCAGACCGUUUCGCCCCGAGUGCGGCGAGUGCACGGGAGUGCAGGAGAAACGAGCAGAACAGGCGCGCCUCCUCUCCCGACUCCGCCGCCGACGAUGUUUGUGCGUGCCUGGCACGACUGCCGUGCCACUGUCGCGCUCGCCGUUCCCGUCGUCGCGUGAGAAGACAAGGCUCGCGUUCGCCGCGCGACACCACGGUGCGAUAGCGUCUACCCCGACACAGUGCGAGCGUGCCGAGCCGUGCCGUGCCUGCUGUGCUAUCCCGCGCGACAUGUCAAGUCAAAUAUGCCUAAAGUGGAACAGUUUUCUCAGCAAUAUCGCGACCAGCUUCGAGAGCCUGUGGGAGGAAGAGGGUCUAGUGGACGUGACUCUCGCCAGUGACGGACAGUGUCUGACGGCGCACAAGGUGAUACUAUCGGCCAGCAGUCCCUUCUUCAAGAAGGUCUUCCAGACAAACCCAUGUCAGCAUCCAGUUAUAAUACUUCAAGAUGUACAUUUUAGUGAAUUGGAGGCACUACUUAUAUUUAUAUACAAAGGAGAGGUGAAUAUCGAGCAGAAGAACUUACCUGCGCUUUUGAAAGCUGCAGAAACAUUACAAAUUCGGGGUCUGUCCGGUGGAGACAUCUUCGCGAAGGAGUCGUAUAAAAGACUGGCUGAACUAGAGCAGGCUGUGGCCGAGGAUGCACCGUUGACUAAAGAGGAGACACCUAAGAAGAAACAGAAAGUCAGCAAACAGCAGAAUAAUUCUAUUUUGGAGAAAGCACUGACACCUAGAAUACCGCAGUCGGAGAAUACAAAUGAAUCCGCGGCGAGUGAUCAGAGCGGGAAAGACGGAGAUUACACGUUGCCCGAGACAUUGCCCAACCCAGUGUAUCAUCGUUUGGAGAUGAAAAUAGAACCAUUGGAAAUGACGGUGGAAGACAUCCAGAAACGAUCUCCGUUAGAUAAGGACGCAGUGGAGAGGCUAGACACGGAACAGUCGGAUGGGAAUCAAGGGUCUGGGAACAGCCCUGCUGAAGACAUUUCCGGUUUAUCGGGCUUGUCCGGGCUAAGUGGAUUCUCGGACGUCAAGCCGCUGCUUUACGCGUAUCAGCAGCUACCUUACGCCGAUCUUCUGCCGAGUCCGGACAUAAUCUCCACUUGGGCGUCCUCGCGGCCGAUGGAUCACCUGGCAUGCGACCUUAUGAAGAUCCUCUUCACGCCGGAGGAGAGGAUCCUCUGCAACGUCAACGGCAAGAUGGGCAAGCAGCAGUUCGACAGCAACAAAAUACACCUGAUCCGCGAGGUUCUCCUGCACUUCAGCGGCAUCGCGCCCAACAGCAUCGAGUGGGAGGAGGCGUGGAAGAAUUGCGUAACCAAAAUCGACACUAGCAAUAGGGGCUUAAAAAGGUAUCUGUUUCAGAGGCGAUCGUCGUCGUCGAAGCCGACUGUGACGGUGAUAGCCGAGGCUCGCCACGCUUCUCCAGAACCACAGACGCGUCUGGAAGGAGAUCCGAUCGAGCAAAGUUCCCUGUGGGACGGCUCGAAACGUGCGGAGGAUCCGUUGCCGUCUAAUUUGCGGGGUCGUUUUCAUGGCGAGCAAGCGUUUGCUCAGGCAGAGUCCUCGGGUUUCCUCGUGGGACACAGUGCUGGAGCCUCGCAGCCCGGCUUCCCCGCGUUAGCCGAGUCCUACGGCACGGAUCUGUCGGAGGAGACGAUAAAAGGUGGGCCGGCUUACCCACCGUUUCCGUGUCCUUUCUGCGACAGGGCAUACACGAGCUGGGGCUUUCGCAGAAGGCACAUAAAAGCUGUCCACACUAUCUCGCCGUCCCUCAAUUGCAAGUGGUGCUUACAAGUCCUCCCCACUCACGCGGCCUGGAGACGGCACGUGAUAUCGGCGCACAAUCUAUCGGACAGCGACGCGCACAACGGUCUCUUGAUCUUGGAAGAGGCGCAUAUGGUUCUGCAAAUAGCACGUCCUACCAGAUUGGACACAUUGGUCAAUAUCAUCAAGCAGAGUUCCCAGCAGAAUAAUAGUCACGAGACCGCUCAGCCGGACAAAGAUUAGACGAUCGCAAAUCGAGCACGAGAGCACGCUCUCGAUCUCGUGGACUCCUCGCUGCGAAUUUGGUGCCGGUAAAACUCACGGAUCUUCACAGGAAGCGAAAAAGAAUUGUCACGCCCGAAGCUUAUGCAAAAUGAUCUUCUUGUACUCGAGAAUUUUAAUUUAUUAGAGAUGUAAAAUGUGUUUUUUUUUUUUAUUCAUAUUUAUACGUUACUUCAAGAGAUGUUAAUAUAUCCGUCCACAGUCAUGUAUAUGUGUGUGUAUGUGAGAAUUUAAGAGACUUACGUUGUAUUAUUAUUUAUUACUUUUCGUUCGA